GAAAGCGGCCUUUUUCUUCUCUUGAAUCUGGAAGGCUCUCCGCUGAGCGUUCCUUUUCUGUUGCCGCUGUCUUGUGAACAACGCAGCGGUGAAGACGACGGCCAACGUUGGGAUCGCACGACCGCGGACGUGCCGCAGUCAACAGGAAAGAAAUAUCCGACACUAGCGAUGCUGAAAAACACGUGUACGCGGCGAGCCCUGGCCGCCACCUCUCUAUUGUUGAAGCGCAGCGGCAAGCCAGGUGACCUCCCCGCCUACAAACAGGUGUACCUGCCCUACGACACCGCCCCCACCAAGAUGGAGCUGGACAGGGAGCGGCGCCGCUUUAUGCACGCCUACACCGGCCGCAUGGAGCACCGCAAGAUGGUGGAGGUAAAGGAUGUUCCACAGAACAUGUACACGUACGGGAAGGAGGGCAUGUCGGUGCCCAUCUCCAUCUUUAAGGAACAGGCGGACCCUGUCAUCGGACCCGAGUGGACGUACCCCGGCAUUUACGAAAACAAAAUAGUCGCUCAGCACUGGUACAUGGAGGAGCUCUUUGAUCGCGAGAAAACCUCCUCGUUUGAGUCGCCGUGGCAACGACAGGUGCUGGACAACCAGGUAAAGCGCCGUCUGAGCAAGGUGGCGUGGCGCAUGUCCAUGCUGAACAUCAAGACGAUCGACAUCUUCCACAAGGAGCGUGGUGCGUCGAAGCGACCUGGCGCGCCUGGCGCUGCUGAUCCCAAGACUGCGGGGGCAGCGGCAGCACCAGCAGGGAAGAAGUAA